CAUGUCACGUGACUGGCGUAAUCAUGGCGGUGUGCAUAGCAGUCAUAGCGAAGGAGAAUUAUCCACUAUACAUACGCAGUGUGCCUACACAGGGUGAACUGAAGUUUCACUACACAGUGCACACUUCUCUGGAUGUUGUGGAAGAGAAGAUCUCCGGUGUGGGGAAAGCUUUGGCCGACCAGAGGGAGCUUUAUCUGGGACUCCUCUAUCCAACAGAAGACUACAAAGUAUAUGGUUAUGUGACAAACUCCAAGGUCAAGUUUGUAAUUGUGGUCGAUUCAUCCAACACAUCUCUGAGAGACAAUGAAAUUAGAAGUAUGUUUAGAAAGUUGCACAAUUCAUUCACUGAUGUUAUGUGUAACCCGUUCUACAAUCCCGGUGAUCCGAUUCAAUCAAAGGCUUUUGACGGCAUCGUUUCGGCUAUGAUGGUGCAGGCCUGCUGAUUGAACACUACUGUAUAUAAAACUAAAUCAUUGUGUCUAUUUAGUAAUGGAUUUGCAUGUGUGUAAUAUUUAUAUAUUAAACAUUUUCAUUUGUGUUUCGUAAAAUGACUUGCUAUUAUAGAUUUUAUUUACAUUCUAAGCAUUGAUAAACAAAAGUACUGAAAUUGUCAAGACAUCUCAUAGCCUCCCACAGGCACAAUAUUGUAAAGAAAUAAAUUGUACAGAAA